AUGCCUUCCAGACAAGAAGUCGCCUACUUUGGAGCCGGUCCGGCUCCCCUCCCCACCUCUGUCGUCGAAGCUGGCGCAAAGGCCUUCGUCAACUACAACGAUUGCGGACUCGGACUCGGAGAAAUCUCGCAUCGUUCGCCCACUGCGAACAAGAUCCUUGAGGAUACCAAGGCAGCCCUGGCAACCCUCCUGGAUAUUCCCGAUGACUACGAAAUCCUUUUCAUGCAGGGUGGUGGAAGCGGACAAUUCAGCUCCGUUGUGCAGAACCUUGUGGGAGUCUGGAUCGAACGCAGACGGCAGCGCGCAGAGGCAGAGAUCUCGGCCAGCGAACAGAAGGAUGAGCUGGUCUUUGAGAGAUUACAAAAGGAAGUCCAGGAGGAGCUGAAGAUGGAUUAUCUGGUGACAGGAUCGUGGUCGUUGAAGGCAGCACAGGAGGCCACCAGACUGGUGGGCGCAAAGCAUGUGAAUAUCGCCUUCGAUGCGAGAACCGCAAACAAUGGAAAAUUUGGCAAGAUCCCAGCCGAGGAGACUUGGUCUCUCGCGCCCAGCAAGGAUUCGGCCUUUGUCUACUUCUGUGACAAUGAGACGGUUGAUGGGGUCGAGUUCCCCAGCUUCCCUAAGGUCCUGGAGUCGGAUGAUCGAAUCGUCGUUGCAGACAUGAGCUCCAACUUUCUCAGCCGAAAGGUUGAUGUGAAUAAAUACUCGGUGAUCUUUGGUGGUGCCCAGAAGAACAUCGGUAUCGCUGGUAUCUCCAUUGUCAUCAUCAAGAAGUCACUUCUGCCUCCUCAGACACCCACACCAGCUCCCGCUCUCCUUCACCGAUUGAACAUCAGCGGACUCCCAGGAACCAUCGUUCUUGACUAUGCGAUCAUCGCCAAGAACAACUCCCUGUACAACACACUUCCCAUUUUCAAUCUGUGGAUCGCUGGCAAGGUCAUGACCGAACUCGUCGAGACAUACGGCACUCAGAAGAUUAACGGUCAGGAGGAAGUCUCGGAUCGCAAGGCCGAGAUCCUCUAUGCUAUCCUGGAUAACUACCCCCAGGUCUACCGCGUGGUUCCAGAUAAGAGCGUUCGCAGCCGCAUGAACAUCUGCUUCCGUGUGUAUAACGGCGAUGCCGAGAAGGAGAAGGAAUUCCUGGCCGGAGCUGAGAAACGUCUCCUCCAGGGAUUGAAGGGACACCGCAGUGUGGGUGGCAUUCGGGCCAGCAAUUACAACGCGGUCCCACUGGAGAACGUGGAGAAGCUGGCAAAGUACCUCGAAGAUUAUGCCUCCAGCAAUUAG